AUGUUUUCCCGUCAAAUCACUUCGCGUUUUGCCGCGCAGCUGCGCCAACCGAUCCAGCGUCGUCUAGCGAGCACCUCGACCGAGAACGAGUUCAUCAGGGAGCGAGCCCACAUCAAGGAGCAUGCUAGAGGCACUACUGAGCUCUGGAGAAAGAUUAGCAUCUACGCUGUCAUUCCGUCGCUCGCACUAGCGGGUGCCAACGCCUGGUACCUCUGGAACGCCCAUUGGGAGCAUUGGUCUCAUAUGCCUCCUUUGGAAGAGCGGACCGAAUAUCCCUACCAGAACAUUCGCACCAAGAAUUUCCAGUGGGGCUCGGGCGACAAGACUUUGUUCUGGAAUGACUCGGUCAACUACCACAACAAGAACAAGGUUUCCUAG